AUGGUAAUGUCUUCUGUUGAGCUCAUCAAUCCUAAGGCUGAGACCAUCAGACGGGCUCAAGCUCUACAAGUCAAUAUUACUGGUGCUAUUGGGUUGGCAAAUGUAGUCCGAUCAAAUUUAGGUCCCAGAGGCACUCUGAAGAUGUUGGUCGAUGGAGCAGGAAAUAUCAAAAUGACCAAGGACGGCAAAGUGCUGUUAUCCGAAAUGCAAAUUCAGAACCCUACUGCAGCAAUGAUCGCCCGAAGUGCAACCGCUCAAGAUGAAACGACUGGUGAUGGUACUACAUCUUGCAUAUUACUAGUUGGCGAAACUUUGGAACAAGCCGAGCGAUACAUCAGUGAGGGUCGCCAUCCAAGAGUCAUCGCAGAGGGACUCGAAGUGGCGAAAACUGAAAGUCUCAAGGCAUCGUGUGGAGGUGUCUCUCAAAACUCUGUUGACGGCUUGGACGCCAGUGUCCUCGGUUACGCUGGAUUGGUUUAUGAGCACACUCUGGGAGAAGAAAAGUUCACAUUUGUCGAGGAGGUUCGAGAGCCGAAAUCGGUUACGUUGUUGAUUAAGGGACCGAAUGCUCACACCGUCACUCAAAUCCACGAUGGGCUACGAGAUGGUUUGAGGGCUGUCAAGAACGCGAUCGAGGAUGGAGCAGUAGUCCCCGGAGCUGGAGCAUUCGAACUAGCUUGCUCACGACAUUUAUCCCAAGCUGUCAAAUCACAAGCCAAGGGACGAGCGAAGUUGGGAAUUCGAACCUUCGCAGAUGCAUUAUUAGUGAUCCCCAAGACCUUAGCAGCCAACGCUUGCUUGGAUGUUCAGGAAGUUCUUAGUGGUUUGGUCGAUGCGCUUGACGAAGGUGGUGUCCAAACCGCGGGAGUAGAUCUUGCUACAGGUAAUCCAAUCGAUCCUAUCCUCGAAGGCAUUUGGGAUAACUAUUGCGUCAAACGGCAGUUGUUGCACAGUUGUUCUGUGAUUGCUAUGAACUUGUUGGUGACUGAUGAGAUCAUGAGAGUGGUUAAAGGUUUAUACUCUGAGAUCAAGAACAUGAACUCAGACUGUGGAUGGAACAAGUAG